AUCCCCAACGUUGACGAUUUUCUCAACCUGAUCCACCAACGCUCCGGAUCAGGCCUGCGCUAUUUAGAACUUCCCAGUGAUCUGAUCACCGUGCCUGUGCUCGAGGAGUUGGGCAACAGAUGCGUAAAUCUUCGCUACCUGACACUUGAUUUCAGCAAUGCCAUGCAAUUGCACGACUUCAACGAGUUGCUAGCCUUUCCCUCUAGUCUCUCGUAUCUCUGCAUCUGCCUCAGCGAUGUCAUCUUCAUGGAGGGUCUAAUGCGAAAGAUCUACCCUUGUCUCUCUUCAAUCGAGGUGAUGCAUUUGAUCGGUGAGCCACGUCCUCGACUUCACAGUCAUACCAUAAGUUGUCUCUGUGCCAACAGUGGUCAUCGCGAUCUCACCAAAAGCCCCAAUGAGACACUUACUUGCAUCUGGGUCACUUGA